AUGAAGACAUCCACGGGAGCUUUAAUCAUAUUCUCGUGGCUGCAGCUGAACUGGUGCAGCCAAGGAGAGAAGGUGGAGCAGCAUCCUUCUACCCUGAGUGUCCAGCAGGGAAGCAGCUCUGUUAUCAACUGCAGUUAUUCAGACAGUGCCUCAGACUACUUCCCUUGGCAAGAGAGUGGUUCCAUCCAUGUAGAAAAUAAAAUACUAUUACCCAUCCGUACUCAUAGCUCAUGUAAGGAAUGCAAUUGUGCUUCCACUGAUCAUUUCUCUGUCACUCCAAUGUUUCUUCAUGGUAAGAAUGAAGAACGUUAUUUAGGUGAUGCUCCAGAGAUGAAGUGUUCUCCAGGCUUCGUGACUGUGGUACUCUUAAUGCUUGGACAAACCCAUGGAGACUCAGUGACUCAGACAGAGGGCCAAAUGACCCUCUCAGAAGAGGCUUUCCUGACUAUAAACUGUACCUAUUCAACAACUGGGUAUCCCACUCUUUUCUGGUAUGUCCAGUAUCCGGGAGAAGGUCCAGAGCUCCUCCUGAAAGCCCUGAGGGACAAGGAGAAGGCAAGCAAGAAAGGAUUUGAAGCCACCCUCAACAGCAAAUCCAAAUCCUUCCACCUGGAGAAAGGCUCAGUGCAAGCGUCAGAUUCAGCUAUUUACUACUGUGUCAUGAGUGACACAGUGAUGGGGACUGCAGGGGGAGCUGAGCACAAACUCUGA